GACCUGCCACUCAACAUCUCGCGUGAGACGCUGCAGCAGAACAAGAUUCUCAAGGUCAUCCGCAAGAACGUUGUCAAGAAGACGCUCGAGAUGAUCUCGGAGAUUGCCGAGGACAAGGACAACUUUGCCAAGUUCUACGAGGCGUUUGGCAAGAACCUCAAGCUCGGCAUUCACGAGGAUGCCACGAACCGUGCCAAGCUCGCCGAGUUCCUGCGCUUCCACUCGACCAAGUCGGGCGACGAGAUGACGUCGCUCAAGGACUACAUCACGCGCAUGCCCCAAGACGGCAAGAACAACCAGAUCUUCUACCUCACCGGCGAGUCGCUCGCCUCGAUCCGCGACUCGCCCUUCUUGGAGCGUUUGAAGAAGAAGGGUCUCGAGGUGCUCCUCAUGGUCGACCCCAUUGACGAGUACGCCGUGACCCAGCUCAAGGAGUUUGAAGGCAAGAAGCUCGUCUGCGUCUCCAAGGAGGGUCUCGAGCUCGAAGAGUCGGACGACGAGAAGAAGCAGCGCGAGGAGGACACCAAGAACUGCGAGGACCUCUGCAAGAACGUCAAGGAGAUCCUUGGCGACAAGGUCGAAAAGGUGGUGGUCUCGAACCGUAUCGUCGGCUCGCCCUGUGUUUUGGUCACCAACACCUUUGGUUGGUCGGCCAACAUGGAGCGUAUCAUGAAGGCGCAGGCGCUCCGCGACUCGAGCAUGUCGCAGUACAUGGCUGCUAAGAAGACGCUCGAGCUGAACCCGUCGAACCCGAUCGUCAAGGAGCUCGCUGCCAAGUCGAGCUCGGACAAGAACGACUCUACCGUCCGUGACCUCACCGUUCUCCUCUACGAAACAGCUCUGCUCACCUCGGGCUUCACUCUCGAGCAGCCACACGACUUUGCCAGCCGUCUGUACAAGCUCAUCUCGCUUGGUCUCUCGAUCGAUGACGUUGGCGUCGAUGCCGGUGCUGCCGAUGACAAGGCUGAACCUACUCCCGAGGAAGUAGCUGGUGCCUCGGCUAUGGAGUCGAUCGACUAA